GCGAAAUAUUUCCCGCCACAUGCGAUCACAACAAAGUGAAGUAAAUCAACAUCGAAGCUAACACAAACUUUCUGAAAUGGCAGGAUUUGACGAUGCUGGAGUUUUCUUCAGCGAUAAUUUUGGGUCAGAAGAUCAGCACGACGAAAGUCACAUUAACAGACAACAAGUUAAAAAACGAUUCAAGGAUUUUAUUCGACAGUUUCAUGAGGGGAAUUUCUCUUACAAAUAUCGGGAUGAGUUGAAGAGACAUUAUAAUGUUGGUCAGUAUUGGUUGGAUAUAGAAUUAGAUGAUGUCAUCAGUUUUGAUGAAUCGUUAGCUGAUAAACUAAUUAAACAACCUACAGAACAUUUACCAUUGUUUGAAGAAGCUGCGAAAGAAGUAGCUGAUGAGAUCACACGACCUAGACCAGAAGGUGAUGAGGAUAUGGAAGAUAUCCAGAUCAUGUUACAAUCUAACGCUAAUCCUUACUGCAUCAGAGAUUUAAAGUCUGAUCAGAUGUCGAAGUUAGUGAAGGUACCAGGUAUAGUUAUAGCAGCUUCUAAUGUCAAGGCCAAGGCCACCAAAUUAACGAUGCAGUGUCGUAGCUGUGGUAACACCAUGAACAACGUAUCUGUUAAACCAGGUCUCGAAGGAUACGCUCUUCCUAGAAAAUGUAACACAGAGCAGGCUGGUAGACCAGCUUGUCCAGUUGAUCCAUUCUUUAUUGUACCAGAUAAAUGUAAAUGCGUCGAUUUCCAAGUUUUAAAAUUACAAGAAGCGCCAGAAGCUGUACCUAACGGAGAGAUGCCGAGACACAUGCAGGUUUAUGCUGACAGAUAUUUAUGUGAUCGUAUUGUACCAGGUAAUAGAGUUAUGGUCAUGGGAAUUUAUUGUAUUAAAAAAGGUGGAAAACCAACAAAGGGUGGUGUUAGAGACAAGGUAAAUGUUGGUAUUCGUCAGCCAUAUUUCCGUAUGGUUGGGGUCAAAGUUGACACAGAGGGAGUAGGUCGAAGUUCAAGUAGCAUGGUGACCCCAGCAGAGGAGGAAGAACUGAGGCGAUUGGCAGGUCAACCAAAUGUCUAUGAAACCUUGGCCAAGUCCAUUGCUCCUUCAAUCUUCGGCAGUCUGGAUAUUAAAAAGGCUAUAGCUUGUCUUCUUAUUGGUGGUUCCAGAAAAAGAUUACCCGAUGGUCUCACAAGAAGAGGUGAUGUUAAUAUAUUAAUGUUGGGUGAUCCAGGUACAGCUAAAUCACAAUUAUUAAAAUUUGUAGAAAGAUGUUCUCCUAUUGCUGUAUAUACAUCAGGUAAAGGUAGUAGUGCUGCUGGAUUAACAGCUUCUGUUAUGAGAGAUCCAGCUUCAAAAAAUUUUAUAAUGGAGGGUGGAGCUAUGGUAUUAGCCGAUGGUGGUGUGGUCUGUAUAGAUGAGUUUGAUAAAAUGAGAGAAGAUGACAGAGUAGCCAUACACGAAGCCAUGGAACAACAAACUAUAUCUAUAGCUAAGGCAGGGAUUACGACUACGUUAAAUUCUCGUUGUUCUGUACUGGCUGCUGCUAACUCUGUGUUUGGUCGAUGGGACGAUACAAAAGGAGCCGAGAAUAUCGACUUUAUGCCAACUAUUUUGUCUCGUUUUGAUAUGAUAUUUGUUGUAAAAGAUGAACAUGAUGAAGGCAGAGAUAUGAUCUUAGCGAAGCAUGUAAUGAACGUUCAUCUGAAUUCUCUACAAACGACAGAAGAACCACAAGAAGGAGAAGUUGAUCUCAACACACUGAAAAAAUUUAUAGCUUACUGUAGAACUAAAUGUGGUCCACGUCUGUCACCAGACGCAGCUGAGAAGUUAAAGAAUCGUUAUGUAUUGAUGAGAAACAGCGCUGGUGACUACGAACGAGAAACGGGCAAAAAAGUCAGCAUCCCGAUCACGGUCAGACAAUUGGAGGCUAUUAUUAGAAUAUCCGAAUCAUUAGCCAAGAUGAGAUUAGCUCCCUUUGCUACAGAUGCAGAUGUGGAUGAAGCUUUGAGAUUAUUUCAGGUUUCUACCUUAGACGCUGCUACAUCUGGAAAUUUGGCAGGAGCCGAAGGGUUUACAACCGAAGAAGAUCAGGAAUUAUUAAGUAGAAUAGAGAAACAGAUAAAACGUAGAUUUGUUAUCGGAUCACAAGUAUCAGAACAUGCUAUUAUACAAGAUUUCGUCAGACAGAAAUAUCUAGAACGUGCUAUUCAUAAAGUGCUACAGUUGAUGUUGCGACGUGGAGAGAUACAGCAUCGUAUGCAGAGAAAGAUGUUAUAUCGAAUUAAAUAAAUCUGUUAAAUAAACUACAGUUGUUACAAGGUGAAAUACAACAUCGUAUUCAGAGAAAGAUGUUAUAUCGAAUGACAUAAUCUGUUAAAUAUACUACAGCAAAAUAACUAGCAUCAUUUCUUUAAAUCAUGGAAGAAAACAAAAGAGUUUGUCUUUUGUCAACUAAAAAGCAAUUAGUUAAGAAACAUGCAAAACAUUAAUACUAAACUAUUCAAAAUCUUGGUUUCGAGUCCCCUGUUGUACGUGACAAGGAGUAAGGUCGACUGUCCAAUAUCGUGGAUUUUCUCUGGGUCCUGUCACUGCUAAAGACCCCUACGCGCAAGCAAAUUAUUGAAAUAAAAUUGAACCAUGUGUUAGACAAGAACAUUUAACUAUAUGAGUUACCAAUAUUUUCAUACAUGCCCAACACUAAAAUAAGACAAACUUUCUUUUUUAUAAACUUUCUGCCACUUGUAAAAUGUUAUUUGUUAUUCAAAAGUAAUUAAUAAAUCGACAAAUAGAAGUAUUUAGUGGACUAUUUGCUUAUCCAGUUGACAAGAGUGCUAAAUGAAUUGGUGUCGAGUGGACAUUAAACCCCAUUUCACUCUCUAGCUAACUGAAUCAAUCAUUCCAUAUUAUUUUCACAUCCUGUCACAACUGAACCUGUGUAAAAUUUGAUCAUUUAUAAUGUAACUCUCGUUGAAUGUCAAUAUUCUAGGCCUUUUGAAUUAAUUGUUGAAAUUUCUGGUAAUAAUGUUGGAAUGUCUUUAUUAUAGGCCCUGCAUACCUUAUAAAUUAAAUAUUAAAAAAUUUGUUGUGAAAAAUAAAUUUGUAGAUCUACUGGACUAUUACCAUAAUUGUAUAUUUGUAAAUAAAGUAUUUUGUACAUUUUCUAUUGG